GAAAACUCUUCAUUUCUAGUGGAAGCUCAGAGCAGGUCCUGGAUCUGCUUUAGCGACCCCUGUCCCUCAGUGUGGGCAGGAGGAGGUGGGAGGUGUUAGAUGUUUAGAUGGACAGCUCUGUCAGGACGGACUCCCCACAACAAGGCCUGGCAUUUUUUUUGUGUUGCUGUUUUGUUUGGUUUUGUUUUAAAGUUCCUAACCUGAGGUGGAGGCGCGUCUUUGCGGGUUUUGUUUGACUCCGGGGUUGCUGCGGAAUGAAGCGUCUGGAGCAGCGGAAACGGGGAGGCGGAUGCGAAGGCAAAUAAAUAAGAUAUGAAUGUUUUUCACCCAGAUCAUCGCGGAGGAGAAGCCAGCGACGGAGCGGAGAGAGAAGAUGUGGCGACAGUGAUUUAAAAAAUAAAAUAAAAUAACGGGAAGCAUAAAAACGGCAAAUAUUUUUUCAUCUCGCGUUGGGGCUACGGGGCGGCGGCGAGGCUGUGGCCGGGAUCAGGAGCUUCUGUUCCCGCUUGGAAUCCGCUGUCGGGUCGGUGGUUUGCGGGCCGUGUGGAGCUCCGUCCUCCAUGAUCGAGCGACUUGUUCUGGGCUUUUAUUUCCAUACAGAGGCUGUUAUAACCACACAAAGGUCUGGUAUUUCCAAUCCCUCCUCUCCUCCCCUGUGGACCACAGGACUGCCCCGUCAUCACCCCCUCCUCCCUGGAGAGACCAGCAGAAGGAUAUGGAUUGCUCUUCAGACUUUCUUCCUCGUCUUUCACUGCCACUUGCACCUCCCUCUCUUUCAGUAAUGACUACCUGGAUGAUUUACACAGUUCUCUAGUGCCCUCGAGCAAGACGUCGCUCUGCUGUUGACACCUUAGUUUGUCAAAAUGGAAGGGUGCAAAUCAACGUUAAGGGAUAUAAAUCAGCAGUAUUGACAGUGGAAGCAGGAUAUGAAUGACUGGUAAAGAGGUAGAAAGUUGGGCCCUCUUCAACAUCUCAUGUCUGUUUGGAUGAUAACUUGUGGAACCGGAGAAUUCUGAAGUGCCUUGCCCAAAGGAAUGCCACGAGUUCCAAAGAGGAUCAUGAUCUGGACUGUUGUUUCAAAAUAGAAGUCCAUUCUCCCAAUGUUCCAUCCAGCCCUGCAUCCUGCCUUCUACUUUUCUUCAUCUCACCUUUUUAGCAGGCCACUUUGAAGCUGAAAUCAUCCUCGUUCGCCGCGUUUUUCUGAACCUCUGUACCCCUUCUCUUUCUUCUGCCCACUCCCCUGACCUCCACCAUUCGCCCCUCCCUCACUACCGCCGUCCUCCCCCUCGCCCCCGCCCCCAGUCAUCCCCUUCCACUUCCUCCGCCCCAUCCUCCCCUCAUCACCACCAUCCUCACCACCACCAUCCUCACCACCACCAGCACCUGCACCACCAGCUUUCCUCCUCCCCUCCUCGCGUUUCACCCCCUCCCUUCACUACCUCGGCUGCGACCAUGGCGACCGCCGCCACAGCUUCCUCCUCGUCCCCGUCGACUUCGUCGUCGCCCAACAGCAGCGCCCGGGAGCACCUGCUGGCGGUGCGUCGGCGCACCCCGCACACUCGGCCGUACACAGUAGGACCCGACAACCUCCGCAGCCUGUCGGUGCAGGGAGCAGUCGGAGGUUCAUCAGCAUCCUCCUCCUCCACCGUGUCAUCGGGGACCCAACCUGAAGUGGUGGGAGUGGGGCUCCAGAGGGCCAAUAGCGACACAGACCUUGUGACCUCAGAGAGCCGCUCAUCGCUCACGGCGUCUACGUACCAGCUGACACUAGGCCAGAGCCACCUGGUGAUCUUUUGGGACAUUAAGGAGGAAGUGGACGCCACCGACUGGAUCGGCCUGUACCACAUUGAUGAGACGUGUGUGGCCAAUGUGUGGGACUCCAAGAACCGUGGAAUAAAUGGCACCCAGAAAGGACAGAUUGUGUGGAGACUGGAGCCGGGACCCUACUUCAUGGAGCCUGAGACAAAGGUCUGCUUUAAAUACUAUCAUGGUGUAAGUGGAGCAUUAAGAGCGACGACGCCGUGUAUCACCGUCAAGAACCCUGGAGUGUCGGUGAGCAGCGAAGGCCAAGCGGAGGACCAAUCGGGGAAUGAGCAUUGUCGGAAACUUGUCAGCUUCACCCUAUCAGUCAUCCGUGCGGUGGGCCUCAAGAAGGGCAUGUUCUUCAACCCUGACCCCUAUCUGAAGAUGUCCAUCCAACCUGGGAAGAGGAGUGGCCUCCCCAAGUUCACCCAUCACGGCCAGGAGAGACGGUCCUCCAUUAUAGCCAACACCACCAACCCUGUGUGGCAUGGGGAGAAGUACACCUUUGUGGCUCUGAUGACUGACGUGUUGGAGAUCGAAGUCAAGGAUAAGUUUGCCAAGAGCCGACCAAUCAUCAAGCGCUUCCUGGGUCAGCUGAUCAUCCCCGUGCAGAGACUUCUGGAGGGGCCGACAGCUGAUGAUCAGCCCGUCAGCUACAGCCUGUGUCGUCGUCUUCCUACGGACCAUGUGAGCGGGCAGCUUCUGUUCAGAGUGGACAUCACUUCUACCGGACAAGAGGAGUCCUCCCCAGACGCAGUGGGAGCCAUCCUGGGCAGUGCAGUGAAUGGCGACCCCGGGAGUCCCUCUGAUGAUGAAGACCUCCCUCAGCCCUCUUUAUCUUCUCGUGUCACAUGUGGACCUUCUCCCACAGGCUCCACUGAGGGCUCCUUGUUAGUUAACGGUUCAUGUUUCUAUGGCAGUGAUAGCGUGUGGCAGGAAAGGCAAAUGAGUGAAGAUGAUCUCCUUCCUGUUGCGUUGGGCAGCCACACCCACCGGCAGGUGUCGCUCAACGACUACCUGGACGCCAUUGAAGCUCCCAGGAGCCCUGGGGACCGACCUCUAAUGGGACCUUCACCCAAACUUCGCUCCAGCUUUCCGACAGACACGCGGCUCAACGCCAUGCUGCACAUAGACUCAGAUGAGGAUGAGGAGACGGCAUCGCAGCACAGGGACCAAUCACAAGAGAUGAAGGCUCAGCAGAGUACAAACCCAUCAAAGAGAUCACCAGAGCCUCGACAAGUGAACAAGGGUUCAAAAAGUGAGCCGUGUGGGCACACUGGCGCUGGAGCUGAAGGUGGAGCUGAGGCCACAGCAGAAGCAGGUUCUUCUGCUGGUGCUGAAGGUGCAGCAGCAGCUUCAGAAAGUGUAGCUGAGACCCGGGAGGCUGCUCAGAUCACCGCAGAAACAUCCACAGCUUCCAGCUCUUCAGAGGCAUUAGGGGCUGAGGCAAGUGCAGCGGUUGGAGCAGGAGAGUCUGGUGGGGAAUGCACAUGUCUAGAGCAGAGCUGCAGGAGGAGGACAAGCCAAGAGCUGCCCUGUAAUCCUUCACUUGGUCCUCUUUCACCCAUUCAGGAGGUAGAAACCAGAAAAGAGAUGGCUCCAAAGGCAGAGGAAGAGGGGGCAGAGUCGUCGAGCAGCGAGGCAAACGGGCCGGUGGCAGCAGCUGCUCCAGCCAGCAGCAGUACAGCCGAUCAAGACGAAGCGGGUUCUUCUGAAGCUGGAGCGAGAGCUGAAGGGGAGGACGGGCCGGAGGGGCAGGAGGAGAAGGAAUGGGAGGUGUGGAGGAGGCGGUCCAUGCAGGCUUCUGGAGGCGCUGCCCAGAACCAGGAGGGGUCCAGAGAGAGCGAAGGCGGGAUGUCGGGUGAAAGAGAGGCAGGCGCCACGGCUCAAGUCAACGGCCACCAGUCGGUUCGCUCGCUCCCGUCUGUCCGCCAUGACAUCAGCCGCUACCAGAGAGUGGACGAGCCUCUGCCACCCAACUGGGAGGCUCGCAUCGACAGCCACGGUCGCAUCUUUUAUGUGGACCACGUGAACAGAACGACGACAUGGCAGCGUCCCACAGCUGCCCCAGCCCCACAGACCCUCCAGAGAUCCAACUCCAUACAGCAGAUGGAGCAGCUGAACCGCAGAUACCAGAGUAUCCGUAGGACGAUAACCAAUGACAGCAGACCAGAGGAACAGCAGUCAGGAAGUGAGCUGCCGAUGGAUGAGACCGAUGCAAACUCCUCCAUCCAAGAGCUGCGUAGGGAUGGCAGCGUGGCUCAGUCCAGCUCCAGGUCCCGUCUCACCCUGCUGCUUCAGUCGCCCAGCGCCAAGUUCCUCACCAGCCCCGACUUCUUCACCGUGCUGCAUUCUAACCCUAGUGCCUACCGUAUGUUCACCACCAACACGUGUCUGAAGCACAUGAUCAGUAAGGUUCGUCGGGACGCUCACCACUUCGAGCGCUAUCAGCACAACAGGGAUCUGGUGGCCUUCCUCAACAUGUUGGCCAACAAACAGCUGGAGCUGCCGAGAGGCUGGGAGAUGAAGCACGACCACACGGGCAAGCCUUUCUUUGUCGACCAUAACUGCCGUGCCACCACCUUCAUCGACCCCCGGCUGCCUCUCCAGAGCACUCGGCCGCCCAGCCUUCUUGCUCACCGUCAGUACCUCACCCGUCAACGCAGCCACAGCGCUGGAGAGGUCAGCCCACGCCGACUGGUUGGUGAAGACCCUCGUCAUGCUGGUCCGCCCGUCCUGCCGCGACCUUCCAGCACCUUCACCUCUGCCAGCAGGGGGCAGUGUCAGGACGUUGUGCCAGUUGCGUACAAUGACAAGAUUGUGGCGUUUCUUCGACAACCAAACAUCUAUGAGAUUUUGCAGGAGAGACAGCCUGACUUCAACCGCAACCAUGCACUCAGGGAGAAGGUGCAGCUGAUUCGUACAGAUGGAGUGUCAGGAUUGGCCAGGCUGUCAGGAGAUGCCGACCUCGUCAUGCUGCUAAGUCUAUUUGAAGAUGAAGUAAUGUCCUAUGUGCCUCCCCACGCCUUACUUCACUCCAGUUACUGCCAGUCACCUCGAGGGUCACCUGUCUCCUCACCACAGAACUCUCCUGGUACUCAGAGAGCUAAUGCCAGAGCCCCAGCGCCCUACAAGAGAGAUUUUGAGGCUAAACUACGCAACUUCUACAGGAAGCUGGAAACUAAAGGCUAUGGCCAAGGACCAGGGAAGCUAAAACUGAUAAUUCGUCGUGACCACCUCCUGGAAGAUGCCUUCAACCAGAUUAUGUGCUACUCCCGUAAAGACCUGCAGCGCAGCAAGCUCUAUGUGAGCUUCGUCGGGGAGGAGGGUUUGGACUACAGUGGGCCUUCCAGAGAGUUCUUCUUCUUGGUUUCCAGAGAACUGUUCAACCCUUAUUAUGGUCUCUUUGAAUAUUCAGCCAACGAUACGUACACUGUUCAGAUCAGCCCCAUGUCUGCUUUUGUAGACAAUCACCACGAAUGGUUCCGGUUCAGCGGUCGUAUUCUUGGUCUGGCUCUGAUUCAUCAGUACCUGUUGGACGCCUUCUUCACCAGACCUUUUUAUAAAGGCUUACUGCGCAUUCCCUGUGACCUGAGUGACCUGGAGUACCUGGAUGAGGAGUUUCACCAGUCUCUCCAGUGGAUGAAGGACAACGACAUCGAAGACAUGCUGGACCUCACCUUCACUGUCAACGAAGAAGUUUUCGGACAGAUAACAGAAAGGGAGCUGAAGCCUGGAGGAGCCAACAUCGCCGUCUCAGAGAAGAACAAGAAGGAAUACAUUGAGCGGAUGGUGAAGUGGAGGAUAGAGAGAGGGGUGGUCCAGCAAACUGAGAGUCUGGUCAGAGGUUUCUAUGAGGUAGUGGAUGCGAGGUUGGUGUCUGUGUUUGAUGCCAGAGAGUUGGAGCUGGUGAUUGCCGGCACCGCUGAGAUCGACUUAUCAGACUGGAGGAACAACACGGAGUACAGAGGAGGUUACCAUGACAACCACAUUGUGAUCCGGUGGUUCUGGGCAGCGGUUGAGAGGUUCAACAAUGAGCAGAGGCUGAGGCUCCUGCAGUUUGUGACCGGGACAUCCAGUAUUCCUUACGAGGGAUUUGCCUCUCUGCGAGGCAGUAACGGGCCCCGCAGGUUUUGUGUGGAAAAGUGGGGUAAAGUCACCUCGUUACCCAGAGCUCAUACCUGCUUCAACCGGCUGGACCUGCCUCCAUACCCGUCCUUCUCCAUCCUGUAUGAGAAGAUGCUGACUGCUGUGGAGGAGACCAGCACAUUUGGCCUUGAAUGAGACUCAUCCAUCCACACCUUCAGCUCGCCUCAGUCUGCCCCUGAGGACUGCUGCUGGUCGUUAGAGGACACAAACUGGACGGGGUGUUCCAAAUCAGGAUUUAAAGUGUGUUUUAUUUAUAUUGGGACCUAUUUUUUAAGAGAAACUGAUGAGACGUGAAGCUGAUCUCUUAAAGCGAACAGUGUUUGCUGCACCUGCACGUAUUUUGCACCAAGUUCGUAAACUAGUUGCACUUGUGUGAUAUGACAAAUGAAGACGCACACUGCCUAUGGGUUCAGGACUGACAACAGCUGACCAAUCAAAGACACGGAUGUUUAUUUCACUUUCAUAGGAGGAGGUUAAGACACAUCAAAGACUCAAGAAGCAAUCACUGCCUUCACUGCUACAGCUGAAAGGAUUCAGCCUCUUUUACUUUGGUUUGGAUGGACUCGGUGGACCUUUGAGCCCAAAACUGUGGAGUUUCAGUGAAGCGCUUGUAGUAAAGCGUCUCCUUGUGGCCUGCUGCAGUAACUGCACUCCCGUCGAUGGUGUAUUUCUUUCGAAAAGCCUUUACAGGUCCUCCUAAUGUACCUUUAGGUAAAGAUUGUGGGAUUGUUUUUCCAGUGGAAGUUGCCCACAGCUGAUUUUGGAGUCCAGUCAGAAGUUUUGGUAUCGUUGUUACAGUAUUUUCCGCUACAAGAAAAAAUGAUUUUCUAAUGAUGUGGCAGUGACAUGAUGUGAUCUGAAUGUAACUUUUUUGAUGUAGGUUGUGUGGGGAGUGACUUUUCUACCAGAUCUGGAUCAGUUGGCAUAAAAACUUUUAAGCCACAGUUCACUUAAUCAUGUCUUGACGAGCAAAUUAAUUUAAUUAAGUUACAUAAUCCACCAUAAACGUAUACUUUGAAUGUAUCCAAUUGAUUUGAAACCAACUUUGAUCCAGAUCUAUUUUCAAAAAUUUGUUACAACUACUCAACCUUCAAGAAAGAUUUAACAAAAUAAACGUAUGUCUAAAUUUACAAAGAAAUCGCAUUUCUACCCACCAUCUGAAAAUGAAAGGAGUGGCAAGAGGGGAGCAUGGGAAGGCUGUAAGGUGGGGUUCCAACCAUGAAAAUACAUAUCACUUCUGCAGCUAAAUAUCUAUCUAAAAGAUCUAAAUCUUUCCCCUUUCUUUCAGCUUUCAAGUCCAGUCACUUUGCUUUCCAAUAGCUAGAAUGUGAAAGGAUCUCCUACAUUCAGUCAAUCAGAAUAUGUAUCAGGGAGUGACAUUUAAGCCAUGUCACCACAUCAGAAAUUUGGUGGUCUGUAACUAACACUGCAAUUCCAUCAUUCUGAUACCAAAAAGUCACUGAACUGAAUGUCUUUGAACAUAAACCCAGUUUACAUUCAGAGCUAUUGUUAUAUAAGUCUCAACAAGCCUUUGUGGAUGCAGCGAUCUCCAUUCACACACAAGAAUGCCAACAUUUCAAGAUGAGUACAUGGUAAAAUCGAAAGUUGACAUUCUACAUGCAGCUCCAAAUGUCCGUCUGAGAUAAGCUUGAGGUGUUUGGUUCUUUCGGUGGUUUUUGGUUGUCUGUAGCUUGCAUCUAAUCAUUCGACUCUUCUAUCCUUUUGGCAUUUAUGCUCCAUAAAUGAUCCCCUGGCAAAAGUGGAACGUUUCUGGCAAACGAUUGUGGUUAGCCUUUCACAGUGUUGGCACAAAUCUGUAGCAAGGUCAUAUUCUCGUGUUCAAUAUCGACUUUUGGCGAACUUUUGAAAAAUUUUUCAUUUUUUGUUGAGAAUUUGCGAAAACAUUGCAGCAAGUUUGGAGCAAAGUCACAUUUUACGGGAUUCUAAGAUGCUAAACUUGUUGACGUUCAAAAAAUAGGCCAUCCAUUGCCAAAGGUUAACUACAACCGUGUGGGUGUGGGUGUGUGUGUGGUUACAGAUGUGAAACCUCAAUGGAAAAUGUCAUGAAGUCAAGAAUACACGAGAAAAUAGGAACAGACUGAUCGCAUUUACACCAGGUUGCAUCAUUAAGCUAGAGUAGGUGUUAUUGGCGCUUUCCAUGGAUGGUGUGCUGCUUGUGGAGUGUGGAACAGCUUUAUCUCCUUUCCUUUUAUAAAAGAACCCUUGUAUGCUGUGCUCAUGAAGAUAGGAGAGGAAGCAUAGAGGCACAUAUUCACAGCAUUUAGAGAAUCUGACCAGCUAUGGCCCUUAGAAAGUACUAAAGGCAUGAAUACAGUUGAUCAUAUUCGUCAUAAUUAUAAAGUCUUGCUCAUGUGUCCGUCGUAGUCAAUCACCUGAAGGAUAUGUGCAUUCCUGGUGGCUCAAGACAACAAACUACUGUGAAAGGCACAACAUUAUGACCACCUGCCUGAUAUUGUGUUGGUCGCCUUAUGUCGCUAAAAUGCUCUGAACCAUUGGGCCUGGACCAGAGGACCUCUCAGACCAGAGGACCCUAUGGGGUCUUAGAAGGCAUUAGUGACGUCAAAGUAGUAAUGCAGAGAAUCCAGUGAUGGUCUUUAGGACUAAAUGAGGCAAGCAGUGGAAGAAGACAGGGUGAUAAACUGAACAAAACUGAGUUCUGUGGCAUGACAGGAACUGAAUUUCUAAGUAAGAUGGAAACAUGUUAAGGGCAGUUCCAUCAAAGUCUUCUGAGAUGAUUGAUAUGAGCUCUGAACCAGCUGUAAACAGGAAAUUGCUGCAUCAGUUAGAGAGGUAAACAAUGAACUGGAGUUGUCCUGACCAACUGAAAAGAAGUAUCCUCAUUCUUACAUCAGCUCAGUUAUCUCUUAGAUGAAUUAAAGAUGUUAUUCAGUGUUUUAGAGACAUGGCGGUAACUAAAAGAUGUCUUGUUUUGCAGUUUAAAAAUCUGAAGGGGGUAACCCUUACCGACCACCACCAUGCCGCCCUCCUACCACACACAACCAGAUCAGAAGAGAAAUGUUUCCGCUCAGCACAUCCUCCUGAGACCUGCCCAUUCAUUUCUGUCCUCUGUGCUGCACAUUUGUUUUUGAACUACAUCUUCUCACUCAUUUGGGCUAACCGCCGAAAUCCUGAUGAGCUCAGUGGAGGACAUCCUGCCUUUUCAGUGAUAUCUCCUGUGUUUGGGUGGGAUGAGGGGAACCUUGUUUUCAUGCUGAGACAAAAUGGAUACGCUAGCUAAAGGCGCCUGCCAGGAAAGGAGGAAAAUAUUAAGAUAUCAUUGUUUAACAGAUGACAGUCAUAUUUUCUUGUUUAUAGCCAUGUUGGGAAUUAUAAACUGGGGUCAGAGUUUAGCUAAACGUUUUAUCAGGGAAAAUAAUCGCCCCUUUAUGAAUUUCAGUUGUCAUGGACAUGAUUUAAUGGGGCUAGCUAGUAGCUAACUAGCUUGCUAGUUCUUUGUUUACAUUCAAAUUUCUACCCCAAACGCAUUUCUUUGAGGGAUAUUAAACACAUUGAAUGUAAAGUAAUUAAUGUAAUAAAGAUAUAGCUGUUUAUAGCUAUGUUUCAUUCAACCUCUUAAAUUUUACACUCAUGUAGGACGCAGAAGUGAGAGAAUUUUGUACCAAAUAGUUGAGGAUUAGAAAAUGGGUUGACAUUCUUGUUUUCUUGUCGACCUGUUUUGAUUUCAAAGUCUCACUGAUUUUUUUUUUUUUACUACAAAAUCUUUCAUUAAAGUAAAACGGAAAAGUAUUUUUAUGAAUUUCUAAACUGUGAUUUGUUUUUGUUCCAAAAAGGCAGGAAAUCACAAAACAAUUUCAAUUGAAAGACAUUUUUUUUCUCCCUGGGUUCUCAGGAGGAUAUGUGCUGCCGUUCACAAGAAUAAUCAGUUUAAUUUUUACUUAUUACUGUUCACUCUGCAAAAGAUAAGGCCUUUCUGUCCGGUUCUACUAUUUGUUGUUUUUACACUCGUGAUGUUGCCCACUGGUGUAUCUGUGCUGCAGAAUUUGAUUUUACACUUUAGAUGUAAGCUCUGUAAAAAGAGUUUUCAUAGUUUCAGGUUCAAAUCAGGCGCACAUUUAACAGUUAAAAGCAGACAGACACCACAAAAGAAGCAUGAACACUGUAUAAAAUCCACUUUGAAGGAGCUAGCAGUGCAUCCUUUCUCUUUUCUACACUGAGAUAAUUAUCAGCUGCCCUCUUCACUCACAUUCCCUACUGCACUAUGAAUGUUAGCAUGCCUUCUUCUUCCACAUCAACACGUAGGUAAAUGUUUUGGAGUUAACACGCCAUUCUGACAUUUUAUGCGUACACUAAAAUCCCGAACCUAAGCCAAUCUUACUGUCUCAUAUUUCUAAUUUAGCUAAUUUCUCCUUAAUUGUGACAUAGAAUCUAAUGUUUUUUUACUUACAAUUUGUCAAAAACUCAAGAAUGUUGACUUUGGCUGACUUAUUUCUGGCUAUUUCAUGUCAUUUAAGUUGCAUCUUGCUUAGCUUUUGACAGAAACUGGCUUCCAUUUGACCAGAUUUACUACAGACACACUGCUAUAUGUUAAGAGGACGAGGCACAGCUUUGAUAUCUACACAGCUUGAACUAUUCCAGGUCAAGGAGGGGUCAUGUCCAACUGAUUCUGCUGUUCUGAACUGUAAAACUGAUCUUGUUCUGGACCUGAUGUUUUCCUUUACAGUUUUAGAGAAUGAAGAUAAAGUUUGGUGGGAACCUGGAUGUGCAACUUCACUUUAAUUCCAUUUCUCCCUCACAGUCCGGUGUCUGUUUAACCAGAAUGUACCAAAGUUUUGAGCCUGAACUGGCUCCCUUUACAUUUAACGACCACGUUUUCUGUAGUUCACCUCACUUUUAAAUAUGAAUGUUUGUCAGUACUCCUCCAAAAAUAAAAUUUAAUCUCUCUA